AUGCCAGACCCAGCUAAACCUGCCCCAAAGAAAGGCUCAAAGAAAGCCGUGACAAAAGCAGCCGGCAAGGGAGGCAAGAAACGCAGAAAGUCCAGGAAAGAGAGCUACGCUAUCUACGUAUACAAAGUCUUGAAGCAGGUCCACCCUGACACCGGGAUCUCUUCCAAGGCCAUGGGCAUUAUGAACUCCUUCGUAAACGACAUCUUCGAACGCAUCGCUGGAGAAGCCUCCCGCUUGGCUCACUACAACAAGCGUUCCACUAUCUCUUCCAGGGAGAUCCAGACUGCAGUGCGUCUGCUUCUGCCCGGUGAGCUGGCCAAGCACGCUGUGUCCGAGGGAACCAAGGCCGUCACCAAGUACACCAGCUCCAAGUAA